AUGUCCAACCGACUCGAAUCGCUAAAUUCGCCCAGAAAACCGCCCGCUAGCAAACCCUCGUUGAAGUUCAAGCCCAAGGUGGUCGUAAGAAAGUCCAAAGAGGAACGAGAGAAGGAAACCGUUGUGAAACCAGAACCGACUCCGCGAGUCGUUCCCAAAAAUAAUCAGUCCAGAGGCCCGAAAAGUCGAAAACCCGCCUAUGCUGGCACUCAUGUAGUGUCCGCGGGACCAUUGUCCAUGGGAUCUGUUUCUAUGGGAACUCCAUCUGGGUCAAAAACCGGAAACACCAAAGACAUGGUUUUCAAUUCUGUUUCUCCAUCACCAGAACUCUUUCAAAAUUUGAAGCGGAAGACCAAAACUGAGACCACAGGCUCGCUCAGCGAAGACCUGGACGACGAGGACAUGACACGCAUCAAUAUGAACAAAGAGUACAAAUUUGCAGACGAAGAAACCGUUCUUUUUCCAGUGCGUCCAGAACGAGCAAAUACUACGGAAGUUGACAACACCAAAACGCCAGCUACAAGAGAGGACACUCCGGAUAAUGAACCAGUCUACGUCAGAGAAACUUCAGUUAAAAGCGAGGAGCCAAUUGAGGAGGAACUACUUAAAAUCAAAGAACAUAAAGCAGAACUCGAAUCCAAGAUCGCUGAACCUGCAGACCUUUUGGGCCAAGAAGAAUCAGAGAAACUCGCCAGGGACCACGAAGCAAUCUCGUGUAUGCUCUCAAGAAAAAUGGAAAAUUUGUCUGUCGAAGAACCAUAUUUUCUCAUCCAGCUUCCUCAAAUAUUACCCCAGUAUACCAAUGAAGACGGCACUCCAACAAACCAUGGCCAAAUCGGGUCCAUAAACAUCCACAAAUCAGGAAAAGUCAGCAUGAAUAUAGGAAACGAUAAUACCUUGACUCUUGCUCAAGGUGCACCCUCCAAGUUUGUCCAAGAGGUCGUUGCAAUGGAAAUGUUUCCACCAUCAGAAGAAACCAUCUACGAUGAACAGGGUGCGCUUAUCAAGGGCAGAAUGUACAAUUUGGGUAAAGUAGACGGCAAGCUAGUCGCCAUUCCUAAGGUAGCAUGA